CAACUUUUAUACCCUUCAUUCCAGUCUACUUUUCUGUUUUCAGUCAAAAUGGCCGGCAAAAAGAUCGAGUGCUAUAUCGACUGCGUGUCGCCAUAUAGCUUCUACGCCUUCACGUACCUCCAAGCAAACCGCGCUGCUCUCAACGCCCAGAAUGUAGAAAUCGAAUACAUCCCCGUCUUCUUGGGCGGGAUUAACGUCGGUAGCGGGAAUAAACCCCCCUGGACCCUCCCCGCAAAAGCCGCAUACUCGAAAUACGACGGCAAGCGCGCGCAGCGCUACUUCGGGCACGACUUUGAGAUUCCUUCUUGGUUUCCGAUCCUGUCGCUGCUGCCCCAACGCGCACUGACAUAUAUAAAAACAACCCACGCCGAAGCCAAGUAUCUCGCCGCUUUCCACUCCAUCUUCAAGACAAUGUGGUACGGCCACAUCGACGUCUCGAAGCCGGAGAAUCUGUCCAUUGCAAUGCGUGACGCGGGGGUGUUCUCUGAGACUGAAGUAGCUGAUAUCCUAGCCGGGGCAGCGAAGCCGGAAAUCAAGCAGGAGUUGACGGCGACUACGGAACGGGUUGUCAAAGAGCUCGGUGCGUUUGGGUGUCCGUGGUUCUGGGUUAGUGAUGGAAAGGGGAGGAAAGAGCCGUUCUUUGGCAGUGAUCGGUUCCAUUUUAUGUGGGAGUAUUUGGGUCUCCCGCAUAGGGAUUUGGAGUUGGUUAGUGAGAAGGGGAAGUUGUAAUAUGAGACUGAGUAUAUGGAAGGAUAAAUAGCAGGUUAUUCAUGCUUGCUCGUAUAUACAUCAUGUUCUGAUCUCCA